UUGGAACUUGAGUCACGUGACUUGACCUGGCUCUGGCUGUGUUCUUCCCUCAUCAGCAGCCAUCUUAAACUUAGUUUGCUCUGGUUAUUCAUCGCCAUUAUACCGAAAGAUGUAGGCCCAGGCCAUGACGUCACUGGUCGUUGACCAAUCAGGACGCUCUCGAUCGCGCUGUUUCUGGCAAGGUCCAUGGUUUCUGACCCAAAAGAAAUGGCUCUAACGCAACAACCGUCGUAUCUCAAUGAAAAAAAAAGCUCUAUGCUGGUUCGUAUUUAAAAUGGAAGUGACCGAAUGGGUACAGCAGAGACUUUAUAUAUAUCGACGCCGUCAGCAGGGCUGUCCAUCUGGCUAAAAAAGAAUAUUUCAGAUAAAAAAAAAAUGACCACGAAAAUCAUAUCAACUGGAGCUGUCAAGCGCCUCGUCAGAGGUUCUUUAGAAUUCCCAAUGCGCUCCUUCAGAAGAUAUUUCAAGACUUAUCACAAUUACGUAUCUGAUUUCUACGGAGAAUCUGAUUGGAUGUCAUUGUCUAGAACCGGACAGAAUGAAAUACUCUUCGCUUCGAUGGCUGGUUGUUGCAAGGAAUCUUUUUAUUGUUUGAACCGCGUCUUGGGAGUGGAAGUUCCAGUUCCUGGUUCAUGGAGUGUAGCACCGAGGACGAGAACCGUUCUGAGCCAUGAAGGCAGCUCCGUGGACAAGUACAGUUUCCAAUCCUACAAGACUGCAGCACCGAGGAUGAGAACUAAUCUGAGAAUGGGGAAGCUCACCUCCGGGCAGUCGUGGAAGAAACAUGGCAGGGAUAAUAUUAACGUAGCUGUAGCUAGUUCUGAUGUUCUGAUGUAUGUGUUAUCUGUGUAUUCUUAAAGGGAGAAGGUUGAUUAUAUUUCGUCAUCUCUAAAACUGCUUGGCAGACGUUCUCUAUGUAACAUAAACGGUAUCAAAUUGUUUUACAGUGAAAGGUUGUACAAAUUUAUGAAGCUGUUUUCUGUAAGUUUAUUUGUAGUAUAUAAAUAGUAUAAGUGUCUGGCAUCCGUUCUCUGGGUAGGAAUUGAAUUGAAUUUAUAAAUUUUGUGGCCAUUUGCCACGUGCCGGAGCCAAAGGCCAUUCAGCGCAUAUAUAUCAACAAGAUAAUUUACUAAAAAA